AUGCGUUUAAGUGCAGAAAAAAACCGUAGCAAAAGUGCAAGGGCCACCACAAACUCCAUUACUCCGAGUCCAAAAGAUCGGAAUUUGGAGAGAGUGAACAAGAAGGACGGAGUGUUGCGAGAUUACAAGCUAUACUGCUUCUGUUACAGUGCCUUGAAAGCUUCCACACGCAAGUUUAGCAGCAAGAACUUGAUCGGGCAAGGCGGAUUCGGUGAUGUCUAUAAAGGGUACGUGAGGUAUUGUAAUAUGAAAGCUGCUGCAAAACCAAGUGAGGGGUUUCCAAUUGCUAUCAAAAGGCUUAGAAAGACAGCACUACAAGGCGAUGAACAAUGGGAGAAUGAGAGGAAAUUUAUGAGCAAAAUAAGUCAUCCAAACAUAGUGAAACUAAUAGGGUACUGCUGCGAAGGUGAGCACAGAAUGUUGGUUUAUGAGUACAUGAGCGGAGGAAGCUUGGAGGCCCAACUCAUGGCAGAAAAUGCGACACGGUUAGAUUGGAGGAGAAGAACCAAAGUAGCACUCGGCGCGGCCAAGGCUCUGCAUUGUCUUCACACUCGUGGGGCGCCAGACUUCAAUGCCAAGCUAUCAGACUUCGGCCUGGCAAAAUACGGACCCAAAGAUGACCAGGACCACGUAAUGUCAAGGGUUCUUGGCACCAAAGGCUACAUCGCACCUGAGUACAUAGGGACAGGGCAUGUGACACUCAAAACGGACGUAUACAGCUUCGGCGUGGUGCUCUUAGAGAUCUUCUCAGGCUCCUGCGCCGUGAAGAAAUAUUCGGAUGGAAUGGCUGGUGAUCUUACAAAGUGGGCUGAACCAUAUCUUAGCAACCGCCAACAACUGCAUUGCGUGAUUGAUCAGAGACUCGGAAAUAACUUCCCGGUGGAAAAAGCUCACAAGUUUGCUGAACUAAUUCUCCGAUGCCUCGAUUCAGACCCCAUGAGCAGACCAACGAUGACUGAAGUCGUGGUUGAUUUGGAGGAGUUGCAUGAAAACACAAGCAGCAAUCGGAUUUAA